AUGACCGGACUUCCUCCGCAGCCACUGGACGCCAGCCCCGAGCAACGCAUUCGCGCCGAAGAUGCAGAUAAACCGCAAACUGUGCCCAAAGGCGUAGUAAUCGGACCCGAUGGAAAACCAUGUCGAACUUGCACUUCAGGCGCCGCAUGGAAAAGCAUGAUGAAAUCCACCACAAGAGCCUCUUCAACAACCUCUCCCACCACCACCAACCCCCCAAACCCCUCCACCACCAACCCCCCAAACCCCUCCACCUCCUGCCCCCCCGACGUCGAAGAACUCGGCCGCUCAACCUGGACAUUCCUCCACACGCUCACGGCCAACUACCCUCCCCACCCAACUCCUACGCAACAGACCGAAACGCGACAAUUUCUCCACCUGUUCGGAAAAUUGUAUCCGUGCGGUGUCUGCGCCGAAGAUUUUCGAGCGUGGAUGAGCGAGAAUAAUGCGGCGAAUGCCCCGCGCGUGAGCAGUCGAGAGGAAUUUGGAAGGUGGAUGUGUGAGGCGCAUAAUGCGGUAAAUGGGAAAUUGGGGAAACAGAAAUUUGAUUGUGAGAGGUGGGAGGAGAGGUGGAGGACGGGGUGGAGGGAUGGGAGUUGUGAUUGAUUUUUUGGGGGGGUUGAUGAUUGGAUUGGAUUGGAUUGCAUUAGUUGAGGGGGAUUGGGGGGAGGGAUGGGAGAUAGACUAUACUGUACAUACAGAUGGAAAAUUUGGGUGAUGGAUGAUAAGAUAGGUACGAUACAGGGAAUGAGGGAUAUGAGCAUGAGCAUGAGUUGGCUGUUGUGGACAUACUGUACUGUAUUGUAAGAUAAGGAAUCCACUCCGGAAC